CUUGUUACUUAGCGUAACAAACCCCCUGCAGUACACGACUUCAAACAAUCAUCCCCUUAAGCACGACCUCGAACCACAAACCAGUGCUUCAGAAAGCAUGCGUCUGCCGGAGACGAAUCCUAUCCCACGAACAGAGGAGCGCUUCCAGCUUCAGACAACCCCGUCAUAGGAAGGUUUGGAUGAGAGGAACGGCGGCCGUUGCGACACGAGGCGGUGGAAAGCUCAACCAAUAUGCCGGGGAGCGGACAACCAGUGAACAAAGAAGUGGCUCUUAGCAAUGGCCAUGUUGUGCCCAGUACAACUGUGGCAGAACUCGACGACUUCGGCCUACCGGUGGUCAAGCAUAAGGUCGCAAUGCCAGUAGAACCGGAGACUAAGGACGAUGUCGAGGAGAGACCAUCUAGGCCCGGAGUAAAUGGGUAUGUGAAGGGGGAAGUUUCCAAAAUCGAAAAAAUUGAGGAAUCGAUCGGUGGUGCGAAACCCAAGAUUGAGAGUUUAGAUGAGGAAUCUAGUGGGGAUGAGGAAUUCAAGGACGCCCGCUCAACGCCAUUGCCUCCUGGAACACCGAUACCUACGUCUCAAGACCGGGAGGGUAAAAGCCCAGAGGCAAUGAGAGCUGCUACUACAGAGCCACAGAAAGUUGCGGAUACUGUCAAAGAGGAACCCAAGACGAUUGAUGCAACUGUGGAAGAGUCUGCCAAAGCCGCAGAGACGAGUCGGCCCCCGGAGCCAGCGAUGUCAGUAGAAAAGGAACCGGAUAGUGACAAGAGAAAGGACGGAGAGAAAGGCGUGGACGCAGAGCCAAAGGAUGCCACACAUGUUCGAGGGCAAAGUUCGCAGAAUGGCGGCAUAUCGGAAUGGUCACAUCAGCAUACGACACAAUUAGAUGCUAAGACAACAGUAGUGGAAGAGGAUGAGUGGCAGACAAUGCCAGCCUUUGCGCCAUACGACAUGUACGAUGAUGACAAUAGGCUCAUUGCGAAAGAGCAUAACUCAGAUGUCGACGAAGAUGUGUAUGAAGGUCUGGGAGGUGCUGGCAAGGGGUAUACACGAGUUCAACUAGACGAAGAUGCUCAAUCAGCAACGAGUCUGGACGAGAAUACUCAAUACCUAUUCAAAGAUUUUAAUGGAGGAACCGGCGCUGGCGAGCUAGAAGACGAAGAGCAACGGGAUGCCACGUCGCAGAUGCAAGCUACGAAAGAUCUCUUAACUGAGGGACAAAGGAUUGCCUAUGUUGGAAUGACACGAUUAAUCCUGUCAAAUAUGGUAACUGCGGCCGAAUCAAUAAACCAUACCCGGGGAAGCAAAAAGGAGAUCCAAUUAUCAGCGGAGGCAAUGCAGAUGUGGAGCCAAAAGAUGAUGGUCCGACUCUAUGCACAUAUGGACAUCAGCACAGCGGAACAGAUCAUGAUUGAGCAAUUGGCCCAACACGGCGUUGUCCCUAAAGACUUGACCCCCACACUCAUGCAAAACGCCCGAGUUAAGAAUCCUAUGGCGGAGAAAGAGCCCCCUGCCCCUGGCAAUUCGUCGCCCAGACCCGAGUCAAUGACUUCAACAGAUAAGAGUUCGCGGUUGUCACUAUCAUCUAGACCCUCAAUAUCCUCCUCCAGACUGGAGGAAGAGCCCGCACAAGCCCCUCCUCCAUAUGAAGAGCAUGAUGGCGAUGAUCUGCCAGAAGUCCGUACUCCGUCACAACUCCCAACCACAGCAAACCUUGACAUUGACCUUCGCUGGACUGUUCUUUGCGAUCUGUUCUUGACCCUGAUCGCUGAUUCGGUAUAUGACUCCAGAUCUCGGGUCCUACUGGAGAAAGUGGGAGAUAAUAUGGAUGUAUCAUGGCUUGAGAUUUGUCGUUUCGAAAAGCGAGUGACAGAUGCACUAGAAAUGCAGCAAGCUGCUGAAAAAGAAAAUUGGAACGAAGAUGAGCAUAAAGAAAGCCGAAGAAAGCUGGCUUUGAAGAAGCGCUACAUGAUGAUGGGUCUCGCUACUGUUGGAGGUGGUUUGGUCAUUGGUCUCUCUGCCGGCUUACUAGCACCUGUCAUUGGGGCUGGAUUGGCAGCAGGAUUUACCACUAUCGGUGUUGCCGGUACAGGUGGUUUCCUUGCAGGAGCCGGAGGCGCUGCCAUCAUUACAUCCAGUGCUGCGGCCUCUGGUGGUAUCAUCGCCGUCCGAGCUGCGAAUCGAAGAACAGGAGCCGUUAAAACGUUCGAGUACCGACCAUUGCACAACAAUAAGCGAGUGAAUCUGAUCGUUACUGUUUCGGGAUGGAUGACGGGAAAGGUAGAUGAUGUACGAUUGCCUUAUAGCACUGUUGAUCCCAUCAUGGGCGACAUAUAUUCAGUGCUGUGGGAGCCUGAAAUGCUGCAAAGUAUGGGAGACACCAUCAAUAUCUUGGCUACAGAGGCUUUGACCCAAGGUCUCCAACAAGUGCUCGGAAGCACCAUUUUGACUGGUCUUAUGGCCGCCUUGACACUACCUGUUGUCUUGACAAAACUUGCUUAUCUCAUCGAUAACCCUUGGACUGUUUCUCUUGACCGCGCGAAUAUGGCUGGCCUCAUUUUGGCUGAUUCGCUUAUUGACCGAAAUCUUGGCACGCGACCCAUCACCUUCGUGGGAUAUUCUCUUGGGUCUAGGGUCAUUUUUGCCUGUCUCAAAGAACUUGCUAGGAAAGGGGCUUAUGGUCUUGUUCAAAAUGUCUAUCUCUUCGGUUCGCCAAUCGUUGCCAAGAGAGAUGAGUACUUGAAGGCUCGAUCUGUGGUUGCUGGAAGAUUUGUCAACGGUUACGCCAGGAAUGAUUGGAUUCUGGGCUACCUAUUCCGUUUGACAAGUGGUGGUAUCAGUCGAGUCGCAGGGCUUGCUCCUGUAGAAGAGAUUCCAGGACUAGAAAAUGUCGAUGUCACAGACCUUGUGCCAGGUCAUAUGGCAUACCGGACAGCAAUGCCCAAGCUUCUUCGCGAAGUUGGUUGGCUAGUGGAAAGCGAUGAGUUCACCGAGAUCGAGGAUCCAGAUCCUGAAAACCACGCACAGCGCCAGCGAGAACUCAUCAACGAGAUCGAAGAGGCUCGAAAAGAACUUGAAAAGAAAGAGAAAGAAAAGGAGUCGAAGGGAAAAUUUGGCUUCUUCAGCCGGAAGAAGAAGAAUGUGGUUGAACGUAAAGAAUGGGAGACAUAUGAAGAAUCCAAAGGGGAGCCGGUGUCUACCCGAACCGAAGAUGGCCAAGGCAAUAACCACGGUGUUCUCUUUGAUGUUGACGCCAUCCGUGCUGAGCUUGCGAGCGAACACAUGGAGGUGAAAGAGCUCAAAUCUACGCUCCCUCCUAUGAAGCUCGAUUUGAGCUCUCCUUCCUUAAGUCCUGCUCAUCCCCGUACUUCCUUAAGGGAGACGCAGUCAUAUGAUGGCUCUUCGAUGCUCAAAGUCAGCAAACCUUCGCCAGCUGCCUCGCCUCGCCAGUCCAGUAGCGAGUGGAUUCCAUCAAGCAGAUCACCUCCAGUCUACGCAGCAGAAGAGGAAGAAAUUCAGAUGACAUUCGACACUGCCUACCGCUCUCCUCCCCCUUCAGCUGGAACUUCUAGCAAUCACCUUCCUCUUCGCGCACCAUCCCCUCUCAAUCCACCUACGCCAGAACCCACAGAUCGAGCUGCGACAUUGCAAAGACCAGAAUUGAAGAGCAGUAGUACGCUGCCGGCUACCCUCGCUCCCAUGGAUUUUUCGCAUAAUGCCUGGGCUGAUGAUGAUGAUGAUUUUGGCACGGAGAAAGAUGUUCAGAUGACUUUUGCAUAGACAAUUCCUGUUGUCUUUGAUACACAACCUAAUUUAUAUGUCCCCGUCCAUAUAUGCGGGGCUUCUGGAUCUAUCGACGGUUCUUGGUGAUGGGGAGUCCAUGCACGAUGGUUGCAAUCAUUUGUAAUUGGCGCUUGCAAUGGCAGUGAGUUUUGCACGUAUGCUGCAUAUGAUUUCGGUGGGCAGGGUCCGCGUUUCCCCACUUGGCCAUUUAAUACUUGAGUUUCUGAAAGACAGCAUUGCAUGGCAUGGUUUUGCGAGCAGCGUUGCAUGGAAUGGCGGCGAGAUUCUGUUUCACUUGAGUGCUCUUCAUAUUUUCAAUGUUUAUUCUCUUCCAGGCUGUACAUAUACAAGCAGCCUGUCGCUAUGGAAUGUAGUCUUCUGCUUGUUG